AUGUUCCAACCGGCUCACGUCUCGCUGAUAGUGAAGUCGAAUGAGCCUCGUAAAAUUUCGAUGCACAAGGGACUCUCGUUAAUAUGUGGAUCUGGUUCGACUCCCUCGUGCAGUAGUCAAUCGCGCGAUUCUAAAUCUCGUGAACCAAAUGCGACAAAGAAUAACGACGAAACAAUUGGGGACUUUGGGGUCUUGUCGACUUUGAAAUUUUCGUCAUCGCUACGCCAGUCAAUUCAGGCGAUCCAGCCUGCAACGAACAGACAGCAACCUGAUCCUGUAAACGCGAUGACAACUUCGGUUGACCCUCCAGUAUAUGACGAAAGUGAUGACGACUCCCGAUAA